UUCCAGGGAAGGGUUAGUUUUAGGGUUUGGCUUGACAAAAAAUUAAGUGGUGACUCUAGUAGCAGGUUAAAAUAUGCGUAAAUUUUAAAGUUAUUAUUAGGCCUACCUUUAGUUUAAAAUUUGACGUUUGGGUGACACAAAUGUUUUUUAAGGCAAAGUUUUAAAUUUAUUAUUCUUCUAUUGAACUUUCACAUCUAGGUCAAUUCGACCUAACCAUGGAUUCUAUAGAAAACAAUUUGUGUUUGCUGUUAGAUGGCCUGGCUCUUCAAGACAGCGAAGAAUUGUGUGACUUUUCCCUUGCAGAUCAGAAUGAAGCUAUAGCUGCUAAGGGGGUUACUCCCUCGACACCAUCUGAUUUUGUUCCUGUUGUCAAGAACACUGUGACAUACAUUGUUAUGGCAGUACUUUUCAAUGAUGACGGAGAAAUAUUGAUGAUGCAAGAAGCCAAAAGCUCAUGUGCAGGCCAGUGGUACCUCCCUGCCGGCAGAAUGGAACCUGGAGAGGACAUUGAGGAAGCUGUGAAGAGAGAAGUCCUCGAAGAGACCGGUCUGUACAUGGAGCCUACCUCUCUCAUCAUGGUCCAGUGUGCCAGCAAAGCUUGGUUCAGGUUCAUACUAGCUGGUCAUGUCACCGGUGGCACACUGAAGACUCCUGGGCAAGCUGACUCUGAAUCCCUACAGGCCAAGUGGGUGAAGGACCCAGAGCAGAUGAGUCUGAGAUGUAAGGACAUCUUGUCAGUGGUGGAGAGAGGACAUCAGUUCAGACUGAGACAGGAGCCCCAACACCCUAGCAUGUUGCCUGCAGUGCGACCACAUCACAAGCUGUUGUUGCGAUUUGUCAUCCUCGCCAGACAGAAGAGCAGCAACCGAGUACACAUAUUGCUGUCAGAGAAGACUGAAGUGCACUUGCCAAUUUGUGAGGUCAAUCAUCAUCACAAUUUACAUUCAACCAUCCGAAAGUUCAUGGUGGAGAUCUUUGGUGCAGACGUGCCUCCUCACAAGCCCCAUGGUGUGCUGAGUGUAGAACACUGUGGUAAUCCCGAGGGUGCUCAUGACGGCCUCCUCAUGACCAUUCUGAUAGCCUUCCGGGUGCCUCUAGAACAGGUGUUUCCCAUAGACAAGUAUACCUGGCUGAUGGUAGGUGGUGGUUUGGGAGAUAAACUCAUUCAGCGUGUACCUCGUAACAUGACUGUACCACUGCACGUCAUCUCCUAGUGUACUGUACACUCUACAAGUAAAUAUUAACCUGGUACUAUCACAAUGCAAAGAACUGAAGAGGGCUAGGACUCCAAAUCACGGACAAAUUUUAUUUGAUUUGUUUAGUAGAUAUUGACUGAAUGUUUACUUUACUUCUUAUAAAUUACGGUAAGAUUGUCAAAAUUUUCUAUUUUUUGAUUUGAUUAUAAAACUUUAUGUUAUUACAGCUAGGAAACAAACAUUUAACUUUUGAAUAUAGUUGCUGAUAAAAUUAUUUAGAUUUUUUUUAUCCGUGUAGAAUUUCUUAUCCAUUUUUCUACUUGACCGCUGAACUUGACUAUCCUGAUAGUGAAUUUCCCGUAGGGAAAGGGAGUAAGCUACAUUUCAUCUGAAUUUUCAUCUUAAAAUUGAAAGUACAUUAAUAUGACAUUAAAUUUUGUCAGGACAUAUAUGAACAAUUUACAUUGAAGGUUGAUGAGUGUUAUGGAUGAUUCAAUUUUAUCCAAGCAUCUAGUGAAAAAGAAACUAGGGUGAAAUUAGGAUUUUGCCUGAGGUGCCACCAAAAAUAAAUAUAAAUAGGCUAUGGAGUUUUUGCAGGCAAAUUCAAUGAAUACUUAACAAAUUCAAUUGUCUUGGCUGUUAUGCUCAAGUUUUAACAUAAUUAUAGCUUAUGUAGUUUUAAAUGUAUUUAAAAGUGCCUGAUUAAUAUUUAUUGCAUUGUUGAAAAUGUUUUAAGAUUUUAAUGAGCUUGAAUGGCUGAACAUAAUUCUAUUUUGUUAUUUUAAUCUCAAUGUAAUGAAGUACUAGUAGAAAAAAAAUGUAUUUAUGAGCUUAAAUAACAUUUAAUUUUAGUUUUGCCUAUUGGAUGUUUCUAAUGGUAAAUACAACAAAUUAGUUUUACAAUCUAAACAGGUACUCUUUUUGAUACUUGAAUAAAGAGAGUGAGAAUUAAAAAAAUUAACAGUUGUACAAAAUAGAUAUAU